AUGGCUCAUUCUGCACCAAGCCCAUGGCUGAAUCUCACACUUAGUGAGAGACGAUGCUCACAUUUUCGCCGCUCUUGUUCUCGAUUUCUCCAGCUAGGCUUGGCUUUGCAUGUUGUUUGGAGCGUCCUGCUCAGUCGAGAUUCGGAGACUUUCGUGCCAAGCCUUUGGCGAGCAUUGCCUCAAAGAGUAAUUCCGGCGGUAUUGGGAUUUCAGGGCUUUUGCCAAGUGGCUGCAGCUGAAGAUGAGAGCACGUCGGGCUUCAAUAUAUUUGUCUUUCUAGUGCCUGCAGGUGUCAUUGCUUUGCUGCGCUGGGUUUUUUCCCUUGGGCCCAAGAUGGAUGAGGAGAACGCAGGCUACGCAUCCACGACCUUGCGUGGCCGAGACAGUGAGGAAAAGCUUCAAGCCAGGAUAAAAGCCAUGGAGGAGCAGGUGAAGCGAGAAGAAUUAAAGACCAGGAUGAUGAUGCAAGGUGGUCCUGCUUCACAGGCAGACCUCGACGAACUCGCACUGCUCGAUGAUGACUUGUUCAGUGCAGACCUGAAGCGGCAACUGCGGGCUGCUCAGGAGAAGUGA